AUGCGUCGGCAUGAUGAUGAUGAUGAUGAUGAUGAUGAUGAUGAUGUGAAUGAUGGAGGAAAUGAAUUUUUGUUAUUUUUGACAUCAACUGAUUUGGAAUCUCGCCUAAAGUCAACAUCAUUCCUGAGCAUUCAGUGCUUGUGCAGGCAUUAUUCAGAAUUUUCAUUUAUUAAUGUUGGCGAAAAAUUCCUCGGAAUCGGUAUAAAAUCUCAAAUCGGUUAUUUUUAG